GAUUUGCGUGACGCUCGCUCUCUCUCCUGUACUGCGAAUUGUUGCUGCUUCGCCGUGGUGGUCGGUCGUGGUCGUAGCUGUGGUCAUCAGUGGGAACAGCAGGAGGGGGGAGGGAAUCGUACAAGGCAGAUAUACCGACCGAGCGUGGGCAAGGUGUGCGUGCGCGCGUGUGUUCCUUGUGGCCUCAUUGUGUAUCGAGAGUAGUAGAUUCGAGUGCGAAAGCAGUGGAGCGAGUGUGAAAAUCCUACUACACAGAACGUCAUCAGGAAGGGUUGUUAAAUUAGUACUACCUGCCUCUGAAUCCAUUCCAACUGGGGUUGUUCCGCAUUACGCAGGAGUGCUUCAGACCAGAAUUCUGCUUCCUUCCUGCCCCGGCGCGUUUGGGUGCGAAAAACAAUCAUUUACCAUCCAUUGUGUGUCAACUGCUAGAAAGGUUGUAAAAGAGAAACGCUUCCACUUUUUAAAAUUCUCAAACAUCGGAAACGAUAGAACACCGCAACGACGACGAGUCACACAGCUGUUUCGCAAGAGAAGGCACACGUAGUUACACAAGCCCACGACGACGAACACAACCGACCGGAGAAAGUGUCGAAAGUCCUCCCGAGUGUGAAAACAGCUCUUUUGCCCAACAAGUACUUGCUUGACAUCAGGUACAGCGACGUAAAGCAACCUUCGGUAUACUCAGAGCAAGCGCCAUCAAGAAGGCUGUUUUAUCAAAACGAAUUUGAUUGUGCGCUGCAUUGGUGCUUGGUGCUGUCCGAAACACUUCCAGUAUUUUGGCACAAUCACGGCCGGACGACACCGGGAGGAAAGAAUAUACUGUGUCACCCAAUAGAGUGCCGUCUAUUUUGCAAGGUUCAAACGCGAGCGAAAAACAACCCGGUCCAUCGGUGGUUGCUGUGUGUUAGGACAGAGAUUGCGGGCAUUUACACCGUCGUCGUGCGUGACACGGUAGCACUAGCUCCGUGUGUUUAUGGUGAUCCGCAGUCGGGAUUGUGUUGUGUUGUUGUGUGAGUGCUGAAAGGAGCGAAGAAGGAGGAGGAAGGAGUCCGCGCGACGGCGCCCUGUGAAGACUCGAAGGAACGGGCGGCCACGAGGAGUGGUCCGUCGGAAGAAGUGUCGACGGAGGAGGAAGAGGCAGCGCAAGUAAGUGCGCGCACGCGCUUUCGUGCGUGUAUUCGUGCACGCGUGGUGCCGUGGAGUUGUGUGUGCGUGUUACGUACGUGUGUGGUUUUUUUUUUGCGCGUGCCGUUGUUGCUCUCCACCGUGGGGACGACCCUGAGAGCGCGAGCGAGUGCGAACAUCUGGUCUUAGGGGUGUGAGAGGGUGCUAGUCGAGUGGUGUGGCAAGAUAUAGAAAAAAGAGGAAAUAUUUCAUUGAAAAUUUAACGUGGCAAAAAUCGGUUGCUCGACUGCGCUUACCUUCGCGGGCGGCGGUGGUUGCUUUGUCGUCGAACGGAAGCUGCGGUGUGCUGUGUGCAUCUGUGUGUUUGUGUGUGUGGGUGAGUGUGUUUAUGCGCGGAGGAAGUAAAAAUACAUCACUGGGAUCGUGGUAUCAAAACACACCGAACGAAAACGAAUGGAGUGUGCCGUUCUUCGACGUGAUUACAUAUCGAGAUAAACACACGGUUAACCAUCGCACAAUAGCGUCUAGUCGUCGUCCACAACAGCGGCCACCGAAGAACACUGGCCGCAGUUGACCGCAGAAGUGGUGGGUCGGCGGGGGUGCAUUCAGGAGCCAGAUACCAGAGCAGCAGCAGUUGUGUGUCCCACUCCCCGCUGUGCUUAAGUAGGGGCAGAAAGUGAAAAGAAGUGACCAGCGAAGUAACGGGCCUGGCUGGCAACACAACGGCACGACGCAACAACGGAGAGAGCUUGCCGUAUGCUGCACUUUGUUGCUGUGUGGUGUCCUCCGCCUACUGUGAGUGUGUGCGGGCAAGGCAAGAGCCCCGUGGUCACGUAGCCGUAGAGAGACGUCGCCACCAACGUUUGUCAUCUCGACUGCCAGCGAGUGGAAACGGGGAUCCGAACCAGUAAUAGCACCACAAUAACAAGUCGUUCGAACCGCAUACCAGAGCACCAGGAGCACUGCGACCUGUGCGUUUGUGUUGUGCUAGUUGGUAGUGUGAGCUGUCAUUAUUCUGUGGUGAUCGCGAUUAGUGGUGUGUUGUUGACGACUAACUGGCCUGCCUUGCCUUGCUUGCCUUACCUUACCUUGCGGUGCCUUGCUGUGCUCAAGGUGGUGCGUACAGUCUAGGUGGAGGAGCAGAAGGAGUAGUCGGCGGCAGGUUGACAUAAAUGGUGUACAGCUUGCUGCGCCAACAACGGCAGGAGCAGCAGCAGCAGCAGCAGCAAAAAGCACAAAAACAUAGCUACCUGCUUCAGCAUUGAGGUGCCUGUACCGAACACACAACGACACCACACCCGAUCACCUCUAGGUGCAAUACAACAGGAAGAAGGUGUGUUAGUCCUUCACUGGUACCCCCCUCCCCCCGCCACACACGAGUACUAGCUGCCCAAAUCCUCGUGUUACCACGUUGCGAUCCCCCCUCCACGCUCACUCUUCAUCCAACCCAAUCAUCUCGGGUUGUGCAGAAUCUGGUUAUCAGACGUGAGACGACCGGCCAACAGCAGUUGUGGCAAAAAGGCACCCUCGAACGGCGAACGGGGCGAACGGCGUCAGCAAGAUGGCUGCUUUGUGCGCUGGAAACUACGGAUUGUCACAGCAGGGCAGCCUGAACGAUGAGAACAAGGAGUUGAUCUUCGUCAAGCUCACCGAUUCGGCGCUGCGAGCCAUAGAGGAGUUUCAGCGCACGCAGGCAAAAUUGGGCACUUCGCACAACCCGUCGAUACAGUUUCUUCAGAAUGGGCAAGGUUUUUUGUCGUUUCCUUCCGGUGGCAACAAUGUACAGAAAUUCAACUUCUCUAUCACCGACAUCGAUACUGGCUCGAUCGAAUGCAUCCAGCAGACCCAGGGUCAGCUGCAGAAUAUGGGCCAUAUUCCACAUAAGAUGCGAAUACACGCCAACGAUGAUGUCUACGAAACAACUAGGCAUAGGUUGGCGGCUGCCGAGGAAAAUCAAAAGAAUAAGUGCACAAGAGAAAUCAAACCCAAUCAAACAGAUAUCGGGCGUAAGGUGAAGUUAAAAAAUCCAACCAUCCGCAACAUUCCUAGCAGUAAUCCAGCAGUCGUAAACAAACGUGAUUCUAUAUAUAACAACAAUACUGUGAAUAAGACAUCCUCCGCAUCAGCGAAUCAGCUAUCGUCUAAUAAUAAUCUAAAUAGUUACGUAGCGACAUCACCAAAAGUAAGUAAAACUAACGGCCUGCAUCAGUCGUCUAUACCGUCGCAGCAGCAACAGCAGCAGCAGCAACAGCCAUUGCAGCAGCAGCAGCAGCAGCAGCAGCAGCAGCAGCAGCAGCAGCAGCAACAUCCGCACCAACAAAAUAACCACCAACACUUGGCGCCAUCACAAAAUCCGUUGCCCCCGGUGCAACCAAAGCCGGGAUACCAGCAUACGGUCCAUGACCCACCGCACCAGCAGCACCAGCAGCAGCAAGCGGCUUUGAAGCAAUCGGAAAACACUAGUGUCCAGAACAGGGUAGUGAAUGGGAGGAAAACUGGCAAUUCCGAUUACAUGAAAUGCAAUAUAAAAGAACGGUUAAUCCAUAUGCUUGCGCUUAAGCCAUACAAACGACCAGAACUGCUUGUUAAAUUGCAGCAAGAUGGUGUAAGAAAGGAGGAAAUGAAGUGCACUCAGCAGAUACUGAAAUCCAUCUCCAGUACCCGGGAUGGGGUACUCAUACUCCAUCGGAAUAUUUGGAACGAGGUGCAGGACGACUGGCCGUUUUAUUCAGAGCACGACCGGCAAGCUGUCAAGCGGAGACGACCACAGAAUCUGACUCCUCCGCUGAGCUCCGACGGUGGUUCGUCCACUUCCGGGCAAAGUCCGUCCAGUACACACAACGGUAACAGUCCACAAUCGGGCAAUAAACGCUCUAUAGUCGCCGGCAGUGAAGAAGUUGGCUCUGCGCCGACUGCCAAAAAGCCGCGAAUUAGUCAUUACAAGAAGGAUAACUUUUCGGAUCAUAUAAGUAGACGCGGCAUAACUGACUCCAGAGACAGUAGCAAUAUGAAUCCGCGUUCGAGGGAACAUGAAGAACCGAACCUCCACCACAACCACCAACACCACCACCAACAUCAUCUUCAUCAUUCCAUCCGUUCGUCUCACUAUUACGGACCUAACCUAACGCCAAAUGCCCAGGAUUCCGAAGACGGUGUCAGUUUGAGCUACUCACUCGUACCGAACGAUGUUGCCAAACGGAUAGUGCCAUCGGUGUGUGAAACGGAACCUGAACGGGAACCAUUCGAUACGGGCUACCAUCUGGACGGUGCGCAGCAGAUAAACGGCGGGGGAGAAGAUGAUUUUGUUAAGCAGUUCACAAGAAUAACAUCAGUUGAGCAACGGCGUAGGUACAAGACUGAAUUUGACAACGAAUAUAAGGAAUACCGUCGACUGCAUGAGGUUUUGGAGAAUGCUUCAAGGAAAUUUGCGCAGUAUGAGGAAGACCUGUUGCACGAACCGAAGGACACACAACGAUACAAGGAAAUCCAAAUGAAAAUAUUAAAAGAAUACGACAAAAGUAUUAAAAACGUCAAGUUUCAGCAGGAUAAAGAACGGUUUAACUAUCUACACAAAAAACUGUCUCACAUCAAACUGCUGGUUCGCGACUACGAUACCUCCAUAACCAAUGGUUUGUGCAGGCCGCAGGAGAAUUACUGACAAUUGUUGAAGCGUUCGCAUUUUGUGUGUUAAAAAGACAUUAUUUAUUAAUCUCCAGCUUGGUCAAUCUCCCAAUCGCAUCCUAUCUUCUUCCGGAGGUGCUCGUAUUCGCUGAUAACCGAUUAAUUUUAAACCGAACUGUUGAGCGACAAUUAAAUAUCACAUGGAUGUUUUUGAAACACUCCAAAAAUACCAACAUGUAGUCUAGGAGUUCACAACCCAAAAGAAAAAUCCGCGACUAUUCUGAAAACAAGUACGUUAGAUCACAAGAAGUUGGUUUUUGAGUCAGUUAAUACUGCAUUUAUCACUCAGUCGCGAUAUUUGAAAGCAGGAAGGUGGACAUUUAAAUAGAGUAAAAAUCUCCUAGCGCACGUUCUUUAACCAGAAAAGUCUACCAGAUUUAACUAGCUAAACUCGGUGAAGCUGUUGUUCAAAUAAUGUUUCCUUUAUCUUUCGUGUCCUUGAAAAUCAUUGAGAUGAUAAGCAAUUGCUGUUGGGAAGCCAGCCAUCCAGAGCAUUGGCCAGCUUCAGGUUAUCGGUGGGGUUGACACUGACAAUCACCGGAUUUGUUGGGAUUUGGUUUGAAAUAUGGACCCGCAAUAUCUUGCAUAUUACCAUUUUAAGAACAAUAUUUAAUUUAUUUUUUACGAACUUAACGUUUCGUACGCAGGUAUUUGCUCAAAGUAAUAAAAAGCACUUUGAUUGCCCAAAAUGCCAAACGCAGUGUAUUUAUGUCGUUAUUAAAAGACAUUGAGAUCCUACUUGUUGGUUGUCGUUUUGUGAUUUAUUUCUUGGCAUUUCUAUCUAAUCAAUCUGUCUGCAGUCAAUAUCAGCAACCGAGGUCGCCGGAAAAGCCAAAUUUGACAGACUGGCCAUCCGAAAUCGAAUUUCAGUCUGAUUUGGCUAAUUUGACAACUGUUACACUAGUUAAUGACGAUGUGUGCGACGUGAAAGAUUCGAUGCGUUACGAUAAAUGAUAAACAAUACAAGAGGGCACUUACUGACGAUGAAGACGAAUAUAGUUUUCUAUCUUCUCCAGUUCCAACAUAUUGCCGUUAAUGCGUAACACAAAAACAAACCUAAUUUAUAUGGUUGUCGUGCGUUAAAUUGAAUAAAUUGUCUCUGAGUGUGUUACUCAUGAGGCAAACUGAAACGUUUGCGCGCCAAGAUUACAAAUAUGGGAAGCAAAAAGACACGUUAUGUGUUUUAUUACGAUGUGAACAGAGUUUUGAAUUAAAAACAUUAUUACAAUGACAAAAAAUAAUAAUCUUUGCUAACGGAUUGGGAUGGGUAUUUAGUUAAGUAGUUUUCAUUUUCUUUGUUUGUUUCGUUAGUUAAUUGGUUAUCGAUUGUUUAGUGUUUAAGAAUU